CCUCUCUUAGCCCCUCUACCGUACUUGCCUGUAAGCAUGGCGUUAUUUUCGUGCUUGUGCAGAGUGAGGAUUUAAUCAAUGCCCUUGGUUAUUUCUCUCUCCCCUGGAGAGAGGGGAGAGAUGGUCAUACUCUUAGCAUGGGGUAGAGUAGGGAUAAAGACUCCUCUGUUUUCUGUUUUAUACUUACGAAAUGUACCCAAUGAAAACGGGUCAGAAGCUACUGCCGUUCCUGAGGAGAGCACUAAAUAAGCUUGAUCAAAAUGAAGCCACUACUCAUUGCUGCUAUUCUCUUGGUUGGACUAUUGGCAAUGGGCAGCGAGGCCAUUCCAUCAAACCGCUGGUCCUGCUACAAGAAAGUCUUGAAGGGCAGGGACUGUCGCAAUGUUGGCAUCUCCAACGGAGUUGCGAACAUGCGACCCAUCGAUUCCCUGCAGAACCAUUUCUGGGAGGGGAACAAAUGCGACAUGGUGUGCUACUGUAACUUCAGUGAGCUCCUCUGCUGCCCAAGGGAUGUCUUCUUUGGACCCAAAAUCUCCUUUAUAAUUCCAUGCAAAACCAUCUGAGCCAUCAGUCGUUUGAAUGGACAGUGAACACGGACGGUGCAAUCUUCUGAAUUGAAACAAGAGUAAAGAGUAAAUGGGGCCAAGGGGGAUGGGCCCAUCCAAUCCGGACUACAGAAUUACAUGCAUUUCAUUCUUCACUUGGAGACAGCUACAAUGACAAGUUCAGAAGGCUGGAGCUAAAACAAGAGCACAAGCUUUGAAGCUGAAAAAAAAGAGACCCACCUUUCACAAUACUUGGGCCUACAAAUUAAAUGCUUUAUAUUCAGUCUCAAAUACAGCACCAAGUAUAUUUAUUAUCUGUGAAGAGAAUUCAAUAAAUGCAGCCCGUGUCCCUCCUUUGCCAAGGCUACAGUUCAACACUUGUAUAUCUGACUUGGCAGACCCUUCAUUUGGCAUUUGCAAUGAUGUGACACUCCCCAUUAUCUACACCCACACGUAAACAGAUCUCACUAUUUGGCAAUAGUCGUAGUACAGUAAUACCACGAGUGUGCCUUUAUAUUGAGUUAUUGCACAUCGAAAAAUAUGAUUCAAUAGUUAAUAGUAUGCCAUUCAUGAGAGACAUUGCAUUUUAUAUUCAAGGCUAUUAAAUGCCAUAAAUGUCAGCAGGAUCAUAAAAUGUGAUGUUGUGAUGAGCCUAUGAAGCAUGAUUUUACAUGGAUGAAACAAGUAGGCUGUACAACUGUAUUGUAAAUGUCUUUGCGAAAGGAUUAUAGUAUUGUGUGUGUUACUAGGCCUAACUAACUGUAAGUCGCUCUGGAUCAGAGCUUCUGCUAAAUGACUCAAAUGUAAAUGCAAAAUGUAAUUAACAUAGCACUACAGAUCACCUAGACUGGUGGAGCUGUUUUAACAAGUUGUUCUACUGCUCCAUGACAUCUCCCUGUACUUAUCCAAUGAUUUUAUAUCAAUUACAACACUGUAUAUGAGAACAUUAAUAAACAGAUCGGUUUGAGUGUUA